GAUAAAUUCAGAUUGAUUUUUGCCGGAGUAUUUUAGGGCGCAGAUGAGGCAGGAUCCAGACGUGGCCUCUGCUGUCGCAACCAUCUGCACUCUACUAGAGUUCUUAAAAAGAGACAAAGGUGAAACCAUCCAGGGCAUGAGGGAGAACCUGACGCAGGCCAUUGACCGGCUGACGGGAGUGGACUCCUCUGUGGCCGUGUCCUCAGGAGGAGAGCUUUUCCUGCGUUUCAUCAGCCUCACGUCCCUGGAGCACGAUGAUCUGUCACGAUGCAAGAAAGUUAUGGUUGAAAGAGGGGAACUUUUCCUGAAGAAAAUCUCUCUCUCCAGGAACAAAGUCGCCAAGCUCUGCCACACUUUCAUAAAAGACUAGGCAAAAAUCCCGACGCACUCGUCCUCCAGAGUGGUGCUGAGGGUGCUGGAGAAGUCAGCGGCCGAGAAGAAGCGCUUCACCGUGUACGUCACAGAAUCCCAGCCGGACUCCGCAGGGAAAAAAAUGGCAGAGGCAUUGAAAAAUCGCAACGUUCCUGUCACUGUAGUUUUAGAUGCUGCCGUGGGGUAAAGCUUUCUCCUGUUCUAAAUUGACCACGACUGUUUAAGGCCUCAGAUGUGGGCUGUAUCUGGGCUGUGUCUGGCUCUCUGAAAUCAACUGCUAAGGGUUAGACAAACAAGUACAGCACAUACCUCAUCCAUUCCAAUGGUCAAAUAGUUUGCCACGUGUGUAUCAGCCCAGUCAAACAUGCGCAUUUCAACCACAGCAAAUGUCCUGCAUAUUAAUUAUUUAUUGAUUAAUCAUUUAUAAAAUAUAUAUAUAUCUGUGCCCAACGUGGGACUGAAUAUAUCCAGUUUCCUCCCUAAUUUGGCAUGUCUGACGCUUUGCAACCGCAAGCACGUUCAUGUGCGAUCACCACUGCCGAUUCAGGAGAACGUAGACAUUCACGGUUCUCUGAAAGUGCUUCAUUUCACACUGCCGACCACAGCGAAGCUCACACAGAGCGGAUGUGGAGGAAGACCUUUCAUAUGUGUCACUGGCCGAUCGGCCACCAGGGGCCACCAAAGAGUUAUGAAAUGCAGACAGCCUGACUGGCCAAUCGGCCAACUGUGCAUCUGCCCAUGCAGCUACCUGCUACAGUCGGCACUGGCACGGUCCGCACUUGAUCUGAGACUGUGGGGCUCUUCCACCAGUCCCCCAGCAGACCCCAUUUAUGAUAUUUUUCAAAGAACCAGAAAUUAUUCACCAGUACCACAGAGUUCUUUCACGAUUGUACAUUGUGAAUCGGUACUGAAAUCGAAAUUGAAAUCCCUCGUAUUUGCUAUCCUUUCACUCUGUAGUCAUAGUUGCAUCCAAACCAAGCUUCUCUGUCUUUCGGAGUUGUGUGGUUCAUUCAGGUAUACUGAGUCAGGAGACUUGAUAUCUGGAAAAUCAGUUUGUAUAAUUGGCCCAUUUAUUAUUAUUGGUGGAAUGACCUACCAUCAAAAAUGUUCGAGUGAUGCAAUUGAUCAAAAAUCGAUUUUAGAGUGAAGGUUCCUCUUUACCACAGUGUUCCAGUGUGGGUACGUUUCAUUUUUUUAAAACCCAUUUGUAGAAUCUUGAAUGCGGCCAGUUGCCUAUUUUUCAUCGAGGCCGGGUGCAGGAGCUCAAGCAAUGCCACAGUGCUUACAAGCAGUAGACAGGGCUACGGACUCUCUAAGGCAAGCACUGCCACUGAUAGGAACACAGGAUGUGGAAAUUGUUGUGCCUCACGCUGUCCUUGCUAUUUUGACUGAAAAAAAUCUUCUGUAGUCCACAUGGCUCGGUGGACCCGACGGGAAACAAGCUUGCUUAUGCCAUCCAUUCAUCUGAAACACCCCAGCUCUUUGAAUCCAGCCACACUGCUGCCAUCACCAGAUGAUUGCUGCCAUCACUUAGUGGAUUUGAAAGACUUAAAAUGAAGCUCACAAUUUCCCACUCCUCCUCAUCAAUCUGCUUAGUUACUUAAUAGGGCUGGGGCGACUCAUCGAUUUAAUCGAUUAUGGAAAUACGCCGAUUUGCAUAACAUGCGUCGGCGCGUCGCAAUGAAGUAAGAUGGCUGCGCCCGGUCAAAGCAUGGAUUCCCCCAGAGAACAAGCUGCAGCUAAACAAGCGCGAAACCGUCCAGACCCACGGCGCACCUGUACUAACUAUAUAGCUAGCUAGAGUGAGAGCACCUAUUAUCGACCACCUUCGUUCGACAGACAGGAAAACGUAAACAGAUUUGCAAAUAUAUUUUGGCGAGAUUUUAUGUUGGACUGUAAAAUGGAGAUUACCAGUUAAGACUGGGCUAUUUUUUUGUUGUGGAGUAAUGCCCUGCAGUGCAUACUUUGUUUCUUGUUACAUUUGUUUGUUUUUAAGAGAAGAUGAUUGAAUAAAAUAUUGAAAUAUUAA